GGAUUUAAUAUGGCCAGUCUACAAAGAUCACAGUCACCACCUGUUGGUAGGAAGACACCGCGAUCGGACUGGUGGGUGUUCAGACUCGCAAACAUGUUCGCCUGCAAGACAUCAAGUAGUCAAGAAAUGCCGGCCUUCGAGAUCGACAUCGAGAUGCAGGAAGUCGGUCUCGACUCCGGCGGCAACUGCGAAAGCUCAUCGAGACCAACAAGAAGCCUGGAAGAUAUGGAGAGCGAUCUUCGAAGAAGUAUGGUCACUCCACAGGUCACAAACAGACAGUGCACUCACAACCAUACCUUUGGAGUACUUGAGUAUGGAGAGAGCGAUGGGGUUGAGGGCACCGCGCUGAGAGGUCUUCAACGUCGCAGUACAACAGAUGGCAGACAGCACAAACUGCCGACAAGACUUCACGACCGCAAGAAAUUGAUGCGCUGCGAAGCCACGUCAGAAUCCUUGGGCGCGAUCGUGCAUGUCGUGUUGACAGAUGUGUGUUGGGGCCGAGAGCGGAGGGCGGACGCCGACAGCGAAAAUCCUCGUAGAUUCACCGCCUCAGCAACAACCACGGCAUCGCUAGAGAUGAGAGGACCAAUACCCGAAGGUAGAAAGAUGCCCAGCGAGGCGAGAAGAAGCCACUCCCGGGCCGUGCCUGCCNNUUGCGACCAAAAAGCCNNCGACCCCCGCCGUCGAUUUCCCUUCGCUCGCCUCCUUUCAUCUCACCCGCCNGCUCUGAACCAUCUCUUCAACUUAAUCGACAACACCCAUAAUUCCAUCGAUAAAUGGAAGCAUAUCCGAUCCCGCAGUCGGAAACUACCCGUAGGUUUGCUCACGAACUCUUGGCCGGUACGCUGGCGGCUACCACUUGUCGCAUCGGAAUAUGAAGCUCAUACCUUUGCAGCUGCGCAACAGAACCAGUCAAACGGUCUAUCACAACAACCCAAGGACAACACCAUGGCAGACGCCCGUAGUAGUUCUCGUGAAAUUCAAGCCGGAGCCGAACUUAAUGCUGAAACUCGACCUCAAGUGCCGACUUGGUCAGUGGCCAAUGCAAAAGAAUCAAAACCUCUAGCGGAGCCCGAAGUCCAGAGGACUGAGAACAAGGUCGACGCGGAGCUCCCUAACGGAAGUCACACAGCUUCGGCGGACACCGAUGCACAAUCCGAUAUUGACGAACUACUUAUUGGUGGUGAUGCCGAACCGGAACCUCCACGUUAUGAUGGCGAUUUUGACAUCGAAAGACACGACUACUGGUGGAACCUUUUGGAUUCGGACAAUCCUCGUCAUGCUAGAGCGUCCAAGGGCAUGCGCUAUGGUACAGAACGUAAUCCUAGAUGCGAUACUUGCGAGCGACAAAACAGGGCUUGUAUGACGCGGCCGAACAGUCAUGACAAGACUGGAUGUGUUCGAUGUUCAUACACACAGAGCGGGUGCUCACAUGCUAGAGAAGCCAGAGAGUCUCACCGGACUGGUUUCCCGCUUCUGAAAAUUGGAAGCGCCCGUAAGCGUGAUGAUAUGGACGACGACGACUCUCGAAGCCCUCCAGUUGAGAUUGCGGCCAAGCGACCAAGGUUGUCGAGUUACAGCGGCGGCGUCCCAGAAGGNAGCAGAGGCUUGAAUGCUACACCCUCACGACCCGCCUUCGACGCACCUGCCUCGCUUGUUUCCCCCAAUAACCGCUUUUCUCCACAUAUUGUGGGAUUAUCAGCAUCGGACAGAGAGCGAAGCGGUGCCAACGGAGACACUUCACGAUCUACUCGACACGAUGCCGACACUCGCCAGUACUACGACUCACGCAACGACAUGUCUCGACCAGAUGACAGAUAUCAAGACCAUGACCGUUAUGAGGUUUCUGCCCGCGACAUGAACAAUCUGUUCAGUUUGGUGAAAGAUCUUCAACGCGAAGUGAGAACUCUUCGCAGCAAGUUGACUGGCAUGGAGGCGCGUGUGGACAACAUCAGCGGAGCUGUCGACAUCUACCGGUCGUAG